AUGGCGUGCGGACUCGGGGCGAGCGCGCCGGCGCAGGCGAGGCGAGGGACGAGCGCGGAGCCGGCGCGCGCGAGCGCGUCGUUCGAGCGCUUCGUCGGCGUCGAGCGCGGACGAAGCGGUCGCGGGAUGCUCGGAAAGGACGCGAGAGCGAAGAGGAAUUCGUUCGUGAGAGAUGCGGCGAACGCGAUCGGUCCGGCGGUGGUGCGGAUCGACAGCGAUGCGGUGAGUCUGAAGCGAGCGACUGGGGUGAGCGGAGGCGUGAACGCCGAGCGCUCGGGGGCGAAGAUGGGAUCGAACGCGCGAAGCGGGGUGAUUCGAGGAACGGGGUGCGGGCUCGUGAUUGAUGCCGAUCGGGGGUACGUGGUGACGAACAGUCACGUCGUGAAGAGCGAGGAACAGGUCAAGGUGACAUUUAUCGACGGGAACGUGUACGACGGCGAGGUGAAGGGCGUUGACUUGUUGACAGACAUUGCCCUCAUAAGGCUUAAGCCGAGGGCUGGACACGCGCUGCCACAGGCAAGGUUGGGUGACAGUGAUCACGUAGAGGUGGGAGAUUACGCCAUCGCGCUCGGGAACCCGUUAGGUUUGGAUAACAGCGUCACGUUGGGCAUCAUAAGUAACGUGCAUCGCACAUCCGCGGAGCUCGGAAUCACGGAUAGGCGGGUCGAUUUCGUGCAGACCGAUUGCGCGAUCAAUCCAGGAAACUCUGGUGGGCCGCUAGUGAACGAAUUUAGCGAGGUUGUCGCCCUGAACACGGCGAUUCGCGCCGACGCGGAGGGCAUUGGGUUCGCGAUACCCAUCAACACUGUCAAGCGCGUGGUCGGUCUUCUCGCCAACGGCGAAAAGGUCCCUCAUCCGUUCAUCGGGAUUCGAAUGGUCGACAAUUUUACCGCGAACUCUGCGUUUGGUGAUCGCGCUCAGGAGAUUCCAGUGGGCACGGUGAUCGUCGACAUUAUCGAAAAAUCGCCCGCAGCGCUCGCCGGUCUCGCCGUCGGCGACGUCAUCACUGCUGUCGACGGCGUCGUCAUGAACGGCGCACAGAUUCUGGAUAGGGUCAAGGGCACCGCCCCGGGUGAGUCGUACGAGUUCACCGUCUUCCGACCCUCGGCGCAGGACUCCCACAUGCACCGCCGCGUAAUCAUUCGCGUCGGCGACUUGGCCGAGCACAACAAUCGCCGAGUGAACGCGGAAGAGCGAAACGUCAGCCCACCGGGCGUAGGCGUGCGUCCACCUAGAAUCCCUCGUACGUUCGGCGCGUAG